AACCAGAACCCCUGAUUGGCCAGGAGAGAAAUAGGAGGGCUGCGUUACUAAGCUGAUGCUUUAAACAAACUUUUGUACAGAGUAACUGCCUCCAUCCCUCUCUCCCACAGGCAAAGCUUAAUCGGCCGUUCACUUCAUCACCUGAAGUCAAGGUUCAGUAAGCCACCAUCAUGUCCAGCAAACGAGCCAAGGGGAAGUCCACAAAGAAAAGGCCACAGAGGGCCACAUCUAACGUGUUUGCAAUGUUCGACCAAUCCCAGAUACAGGAGUUCAAGGAGGCCUUCAAUAUGAUUGACCAGAACAGGGACGGAUUCAUUGACAAGGAGGAUCUACAUGAUAUGUUAGCCUCCUUGGGUAAGAACCCGUCUGAUGACUACCUGGAGGGCAUGAUGAGUGAAGCUCCUGGUCCCAUCAACUUCACCAUGUUCCUCACAAUGUUCGGAGAGCGUCUGAAUGGAACAGACCCUGAGGAUGUGAUCAGGAAUGCUUUUGCCUGCUUUGAUGAGGAGGGAUCCGGUGUGAUUCAUGAAGAUCACCUGAGAGAGCUAUUGACUACUAUGGGGGAUCGCUUCACUGAUGAGGAAGUGGAUGAGCUCUUCCGAGAGGCUCCCAUUGACAAGAAAGGCAACUUCAACUAUGCCGAAUUCACUCGCAUCCUCAAACAUGGGGCGAAGGAUAAGGAUGACAUAUAAAGCUCUAGAGACUCUGAGCCUGGUAGCAGAGUGCAUCUUACCUACACUAAAUGUGUUCAUAAAAGGAAAACAAAAUACAAACGACAUAUUGCUGUAAAGUUAAAAAGCACAAGAAACACGAUUACAGUAGAACCUAAACCAAAAUACAGAAACGAGUCAUUUUAAUUAUAGGCUACUUGCACUUGUGUAGAUUAAAUUGUGAUUAUUGCCCCCCCCCCUCCUCCUCCUCCUCCUCCUCCUUACAGGUCAACAUGAUUUAAAGAAUUAUAGAGUGCUCAGAAUGGUGUGUUUUAUUCUGCAGAUGUUCAAGAAUUUCACUUGGUUACUGUGAAGUUCAGGUAAUAUGAAGUAAACAUCUUAGCAAAAAAAAAUAAAAAAUUACUAGAA